GCACAGCUCGCAAAGGGGGUACUGGAGAAACAAACGUGAAACGCAGGCGUUCUCGCGAGAACGACUUUAACUUUCGUCUCUAAAAAAGUCACACUCCCCUCCAGACAAAGACGCAAAUCUCCCGACGAGAGAGACUCUCUGAAGAACGCGCUCGCCGCUUGAGGAGUCUCUUUGCUCAAUGGGGUCGAAGACUCUCCCACUGCAGGCACCUGGGAAAGUCGAAGCUCGACUUGGGGCUUCCUGAGGAGAAAAAUUUCUCUUCUUUCUCUGAGAGGAGAGAAGAACGCGAGGUUCUUUUCAGAAGGACGUUUCUUGUUCAAGAAAUUCCAAGGUUUUUCUCUCUCCCUUCUCCCGUUCCUUCUCAGCGCCGUCUCGCCAUCCCAUUUUCUCUCCCCUCCAAAGAGGGUGCUCUGCAAGACACCCUGGAGAGUGUCUUGCGGGCGGUUUCUUCCGUGUCGCUUUUGCAGCUCCUUUUUUUCGGAUUUUCUUCCACUUUCUUCGUCUAGGCUUUGAGAGUCUGCUUUUUCUUCUCUCCGCGAGUCCAGGCCUCCCCUCGAUCACUCCGUUUUUCUCCCCGCGUCUUGUCCCUGUCGAGUCUCGUCUUUCCUCUUGCUCCCGCGCUUGCUGUCUUGCUUCCAAGUUCUUCUCCUUUCUCGCUCCUCUUCGGCCAUUAUUCUCUUCUCCAAGCGUUUCCUCGUUCCCCCUCCCUUUUCUCCGCUUCCCAGAUCACUCUGCGCGUCCGUGUCUUAGUCCGUUUUUUUGCGGGGCUCGGCCUUCUCUCUCCGACGCCGCCGUCUGCCUUCGCCGCCGCUGCCCGUUCCGGCGAAACGCUCUCAAAUCUCUGACUCGGUUGCCUCUCUCUCUCCCCGUUAAACACCGCUUGUCGCGAGCCUCGUCUCUCCCACAGUAUGGUUGCUUCUACUGGCUUUCUUCCCUUGCUCAUCUACUGCUGCAAAGGCGUCGCGACGUCGCUCCUCGCGUCAUCGGCUGUAUGCACCGCGCUCUCGGACCGGCCAUCGCUCUCGCUGGGUCUGUUUCUCUUUUCUGCGUCGCUUUCUGCGUUUCUUCUUGCGCCGACUCUCUCCAGCUUCUCGCCCUGUCUCGCCGCCUCCCUCCCUGCCCUCACUGUCGCGUUGUCUCCCGCCCUGGCCGCCAGCAGGUUCUGCUUCACGCACUGCUGCAAACAGAGAAGCAGAAGUCGCUUCGCCGCAACGUCGGAUUAACUCGAACACUGCGUCUCCGCUUCCCUCCUUCAACUCCAGUUCGCUGUCUUGAUCAAAGGCUCUCCUGAGAGAACGUGGAGGGCCGCAGCGAGAACGGAGACAAGGUUCGGCCUGCCAGGAAGACCCCUGCAUGCCUGACGCUCGCACACUCGGCGAAUAUUCCGACAGGCACUCGAGCCAGGAGGCUCUUGAAAUGCCCAGGAAGUCGCUCUCCUGGAUUCCGUGGCGAAGCGUCCGACCAGCGGGGAAAGCCGAAGAGGGUCGAGAAAGAAGGAAAGGAGACAAAAGGCAGGCCUUCGACGGGAGAAGCACCAUCCAAGCUUUCGGAGGAAAGAUGAUUCGAAUGUCUUCUGGAGGUUUCUGAGAUAUCCCAACUGUUCGCCUCGAACAACAACCAAACGGCUUUCUUUUUUUCGACACCCCGUAGAAACGCGUUUCUCGAGCUGAUGAAUGCAACAAACAAAGGACUUCUCAACGUGAACUGAGGGGUCAAAAAGGGGAAUCAACUGCAUGCAAGGAGUCCUCGUAUCUCUCUGUGCAUCCCGCUGGCCACGAGUGGAGGAACGACGCAACUCGCUUUUUCCCUUCAAACUCGAAACGAGUUUGCGAGGAAACAAACAUACGACAGGCUGAGAAGCGACGCGCGCAACAAGCAUGCGCGUGCGGCGAGUCGAGGUGUACGUACACCUGAGCGACCGGCCUCAGACCCUAGAAAGCUUCCGUCGAGAUGCAGGACUCCGGAGACGGUCCCGCGCCUCAGGGGGGAGCGGGAGACUUUUUUUCUGUGCUGCUUCAAAACCACAUCACAGGCGUCAAGACGCCCCGAUCAGAUCGGCCUGCGCGGCCUCGACCUACGGCUUCGAGCACCCCUAUCCUUUCCUUCUGUUCUCUCGACUCGCGCUCUCCAUGCCCUUCUCUCGCCUCAGUCUCCGUCCGCGAGACCCUCUGUCUCCGAAAGGCGGCCGCAAACGCCCAAGGAGACACCUCGCCGCGGGAGACCUCGGUGGGGUCGGUCGACUCUUGCGCCGGAGGGAGACCGGAAGGAGACGCGAGGCCGAGCGCAGGAGGCGAGAGAGGCGAAAGGAACUCGUCUCAGAUCUUUCCUUUCCUUCGAGGAAGAGCUGCUUCUCUCGAAAUCCUCAAGAGACACAAACUCGAGGCAAGCGCCGACCUGCGGAAUAAGUCUCUAAACACCGACGUCCUGACCAAGGGGCAGACCGACGGGGGAGAGCAGAGAGAACAGCGAGGCGAAGACGAGAGAAAACGUGAGGAGGGGGAGCGCGAGAAACAGGAAAGAAGAAGAGAUGGAAAGAGAGUAAAUCUUCGACGUGGAGGCGCGAGGAGACGAAUCUGCAGAGGCAAGAGCGAGGGCGAGGUUGGAGGGAAACUCGAGGCCAGGAGACACUUUCAUGGGGGUUGCCGAGCGCAUUCAGCGACGGAGGGAGAGAGCGUUUCUUCGGGCGGCUCGAAUAGAGGAACGUCGCGGGAAGAUCUCCACGACUUCCGCAGCAAGGAGUUCUCCUCACGCUCUUUGCCUUGUUCUAUCCAUCGUCCUCUCCGCCGCUCUGUCCAUCGUGCUCUCCUGCCCGAGUUUACUGGUCGAAGUGGAGGACAGACUGUUUCUCGUCGCUCUCACAGAAGCGUCGGAGGGCGUUCCUUCUCCAGUCAUGGGGAGACAGAGGUGUUGACGACGGGGUCAACAGUCCGCUCUGUCCCUUCUGGUCGAGCCUCUUUCUCGGCUUUCGAGAACCUCCGAAGAAGCCGCGUUUCGCGCUCCUCUUCGGCCUCACAGGCUUCGGACUGCGGUGUGGGCGACAUCCCAGAGAAGCUCUUCGGCCGCAGCCCAAGUCGGCCAGCGCAGGCAGCUUUUUCGAGAUAUUCGCAGCUUCAGGCCUCGCUCCGGAGGCGCGAGUCUCCUGUCUCGUCUCGAAGCGCGGAGAGCUCGACGCGCUCCGCCGCCUCCGAAGACUGGAGAAGCGUCUCGGGAAGAAGACGAAGAAAGACGAGGAGACCGGGGAAAGGUUUGCCGGUGUGUUCCGCUGCCUCCUGCGCCUCCGAAAGACUCUCAGGACGGACGGGCCGCCGGGGCAAAGCCGAAAGAUGGGGUGUUCGUACACCCGGCGGGUCGGACUGGGAGCAGUCGACGGACUCGGGAGGUCGGUUGUGGGGGCGCGAAGCGUAUUCGGCUCUUCCGCGAAAAGAACGACUCGAAAAAGUUUGGAGGCAAAGGACGGUGCCUUCGAACCCCGCGCUCGAUCUAUCGGACGUUUUCGGACCUCCAAAAAAGGCCUUCUCGGACGACCUUGCCUCCUUUGCGUCUCCCUUCGCUCCCGGAGCUUCUCUCGCCUCGACUCUCUUCGCAGCCUCUCCUCCCUUCGAGGCUCUUUUCCCGGCGGCUCAGCGAGACGGAAAGCGCCUGCAGGAAGAGCGGACUCUAAAGAAACCUGUCGAGUCUGCAGCCUGUGUCGUCGCGUCGCCUGUGUCUCAAAGCACCGAUGCCGGGCUGCAGUGGCUUCAAGAGGCCUUACGGGCAUCUCCGCAGCUGCUCGCUGCCCUCCUUCACUCGUAUGCAAACAAAGAACUCCUCAACAGUCCUCAGCUUCCUCCCGCCGUCUCUCCUUGUCCCUCUGCGCCCUCUGUCUCUCCUCCUUGUCCCUCUGCUCCGUGCGUUUCUGUUUCACUCGCUCACGAGGAGAAGGUCGGAGAAGAAUUGCUUGGGUCGAGCCGUCUGCAGCAUCCGUCUGCCUUCUCUCCCCCGUCGAUUUCUUCGUCUUCCUGUCCUUCUGCGUCUUCGGCUGCAGUCCAGGGAGCGCAGGCAGGUCAGAUCUCUUCGUCCGUCGUCGACAACGCAAGAGGAGCUUCUCUCUCCGAGCCACUGGUCUCUUCCCUGUUCCCUCCAUUUCCUGCCCUCCGUGAACGCCCGCUUCUGUCUGCUUCCUCCCCUCCUCUUCCUCCCUCGGCUGAGAGCCACCGCGCGACUCCAGGAGGAGACAAGGGAGACACAGGAGACAGAAACGAAGCGGAGAAGCGGUGUGUUGCCAUGCUCGCUCGCUGUCGUGGAGAGGUGAAGGAGCUGAGAGAACGCGUUUCGCAUUUGCGCGCAGGCGUGGAGAACAACUUGUGCGACAUGAGGCAGUGGGUUGCCAUCGCGGCCAGAGAAGUCGGCCAGGUCUCGGCGGCACACUCGCACGCGUCGACAGAUGGAGACGCUCUCGCGAAAGCGAACGAGGAGUUUGAGAAGGAGAGAGCUGAGUUUGCUCUGAGGCAGACGCAGCAAGAGGAAAGACUUUCUCUCCUCCAGCUGCAGGUGUACGGCCUCGAAGAGCAGCUCGCGCUCGCGGAGACGGCCCGCGAGAAGCAGGAGACGCUCGUCAAACAAGCGAACCUCGUCGCGAAAGAACAAGCGGAGAAACAUCGAGAGAAAGUGCGAAGUCUCCUGCUGGAAGUGGCGGCUCUGAAGGAGGAGAAGGAAGAGCGAGAGCGAGAAGAGUCCCGCCGAAAUAAUUCGCAUGCAGAAUCUCUAGAGCUGCUUGAGAGAGACGCCGCACAGACGAGGAAAGAGAACACCAGGCUGCAGGCGCAGCUGAAGAAAGUCACGGCUGAACUCGAGGAGGUCCGCAGAGAGCAGGAGGCGACGCGAGUGCGGUUGAGGGAGAGCGAGGAAGCACUGAGAGACAGCCGAGAGAGAGAAGAAGAAGAGAGGAAGAAGAAAGAAUCUCUGCUUGUCGAGAGGACCCAAGGCGCGCGAGAAGAAGAGAAACUCAUCGAAGAUGUCCAGAGACUCCACAACACACUCAGUGACAAAGAAGCGAUCUUCACAGAAAUGAAGACCGAGGCCGAACGCGUCCGACAAGAACUCGACAAAGAGCGGCAGCUGAGAGAGGUGCGAGAAGAAGAGAAGGGAGAGCUCGAGAGAGAGUUGGCGGAGGCGAAGACGCGAGAAGAAGAAGGGAAGGAGGCGAUGGAGAAUUUGCAGCAGGAAUUGUCUCGCCUGCAGAGAAACAUUGAGCAGAUUCAGGGCCAGAGAGAACAAGAAUCGCGGAGACACGCUGCAGAAAAGGAUCGCCUGAGGAAGCAAAUCGACGAACUGGAGCAGGAGAGACAGGCGAUGCAUGCGGACGCGACAGCGAGACUCGAGGAGCACUUGAAGGCGGAAGAGAAGCUCCGCGCUGAGGCGCAAAGUCUCCGAACUCAGCAGAGAAAGAAAACGAAUGUUGAGGAGGAACUUCUCACCACGAAGGCGGAGCUUCAACACCUCAAAGAUGAAUUGAAAGAUUUGCUGGCUGAGGAGGUGGGGAAGCGCGCCGCGUUGACGGAAGAGAACGGGAAGCAGCAGAAGGACUUGGAGAGCAAGCAGCAGUUGGUCCGUUCGCUUCUGCAGCAGAAAUCGACUCUGGAAGUGAAGCUGCAGGAGGCGCAGCGCCGCGAGUUGAGUCUGCAGAGGGACGUCCGCCGGGGAGAAGAAGAACUCGUCACGCUGAAGCAGCGACUGUCGGAUUUGCAGCUCGACUGCGAAGAACAACGGCUGGCGACUCAACGGAGCGACAAGGAGGUCGAGCGCCUGAGAGUGCAUGCAGGCAAGUUGGAGGCGGCGGAGAAGGUCCGUCAAGAGGAACUUGUCCAGGGGCAAACCGCCUUGACAGAGUCCCUGGAGAAGCAAGAGGCCGCGGCGAAAACAGCUGCAAAGUGGAAGGCGCUCUACGUCUCUCAGCAGAGUGCAGUGCAGCAGCUACGGGAACAGCUUCUCACUCUGCAAAAGUCGCUCCUCAGACGCGGCGACGCUGAGGAUGCGCUGCUCGUUUUGCACUUUGACGACGAGACGCCGGAAGCCGGACUUUCAGUCGGGGAUGUGGAGACGGAGCACCUGCACAUGGAGACGGAGUUUCGGCGCGGGAUGGAGUCGGAUGAGAAACCGGAGCUGGAGACUGGAAAAGGGGAGAAGAGGGGAGUGCGGGAAGCGGCUGCGAAGGCUCUCGAACUGUUGCUGAACGCCCCAGUUUUCCAGCCGAGUCGAGGACCCAGGGAGAGAUCUCAGACGCCUGCGGAAGGCGAGAACGAGAAGGCGGGAGCCGGCGCAGACCAUCGAGAGGCCUUUUCCAAGGGGGUGGCUAGCCAGGAGAACAGAGAGGACUCUGUUUCGCGACCAGGGAGCUCGGCGGCUGCGCGCGCCCUCGAGAGAACUGUGGCUUUGGAAGAAGCGAAGUCAUACCGGUGGAGCGAAGAUGGAUUUUCAUCUCGACUGCGCCAAGUUUGCACACGCGGCGACCGCAUCUGCAAAGGGGAGGCGACUUCUUCGCGAGCAGAAAACUACGCCUUUCGAGAACGGCGCGAGCAGAACGGAGACAGCUCGCGAGAGAGAGGUGCUGGAACCAGCGACGCGGGGACGCCUCGUUUCGGCGCCCGAGAAAAGGCGGAGACGAGGAAGCAGCGCGAGAGAGAAGACUCCAGAGACGAGAGAGAGGAGCGAAAGCCGAGAGAAGCAGUGUCGAGAAUCGGGACGUCCACAGCUUCGUUGCCGGAGCCCCGAGUCGACACGGGGAGUAGACAGACGACAGCGAGCAGCGAUGCGGCUGAGUCGCUGUUUCGCGGCGAGGAGAGUCGAGAGCAGAGGGGGCGGAGAAAGGAAGAGCGCGAGGACGGCGCGCAGCAGGGAGACUUGCGAGUGCACAGAGACCUUCUUCAACUGAAGAAACAGAAAGGCGAGUUGGAGAGAGAGGAGGCGAGGCAUCCACUCGACCUUCUCCAACUGAAGCACGGCGUCCAGACACUCGAGGCCGAGAUGCGCGUCGCCGAAGAAAGUCUGUCGCGCGCCACCUGCACCUGCGAGAUCGCAUUCCACGACAUUCUCGCCCAGAGUGCGCGGUACCACUCCUCAGCGGAGACACUGCAAAAGAUUGAGAGUGCAGGAAAAGACGUGCAUCUCCUCCCGUCUCUGCGGCAGACCCUUCGGGCGUACCUGCGGGAGAACGGCGCAGGACGCAGCGAAGACCGAGCGGAAGCGAGGAAGCGGCGACGAGGGCGAGCCGGAAGACUCGACGGACGCGACGAACCAGAUGGCGACCACGAACCUUUCGACGAAGAAGAAAAACUCAAAGUGGUGCAAUGGAUGAAUCACCUUGUCGAAGAAACUGAGAGGUCUUGUUACAUUUUGGAGGGCGCUCAUGCAGCUCGCGAUGCCGCUGCUCGUGAGCGACAGCAACUCCAGAGGAAGUUGGAGGCGCUUUCCUCGGAACUGCGGGAGAAACGCUCGUAUCUGCGCUGCGUGGAAGCGAAGGCGAAACAUAUUUCCGACUCUGUGUUGAGUACGGGAGAACGAGAACAGGCGUGUCUGGACGCUCUCGGCCAGCAGCGCAGGCAGGCUCGACCCCUCGUCAGCAGUCCGCCGGGCGCAUCCUACCUGGCUGACCUGUUGAGGAAGAGUCCGAUGUGUUCUCGGGGUCCGAACAACUCGCAAAGAGAGCAAAACCGCGACGAGGACCAUCAAGAGCGGGACGAGGCUGGAACUCGUGAAGCCUGUGGGCGGCGACGAGUCUCGGAGAAUGACAAGGAACCAGAAAAAACGUUCGCAGACCUAAAAGUCUGUCCGUCGCCGAGAAGGCGUUCCGGGUCACCCCGGCUUGGCGAGCGCAUGCAGUCUCGGGCAGGAGACACAGCAAGCAGAGGAGAGGUGUCACGCGGAGGCUCGCGCAUGUCUUUGAAAAAAGAGAGACAUGCGUUUGACCUGGAGGAAGACGCAAAAGAGGCUUUUGUCUCGCCUUCAGUGUUUAGCCGUCUCGUGUCGGAGCACGCAGCCGCCCGCACUCGCCAGCCAGACAACAGGGACGGCGAGACAGCGAAUAAACGUAGCGCGACAGACACCGCAGACGCGCUCGACUACGCGACAUGGAGCGACCGAGACGUGCAUGCGCAAACUGGAGGAUGUUCCUUCUGGGUCGAGUGGUCUGAGGCCAAAGGCGACCUCGAUGAAUCUGGUCUUCCAUAGGUUCAGUUGUCGCAGCAGAUCCAGUCUGACACUAAAGUCACAGCUGCGUGCAACGGAGGUGGGGGGCGAACUGAAGGUGGCAAGCUAGCACAAGGAGUCCAGCGAGGAAACUAGGAGAGAGGAAAAGAGAGAAGCUUGACGCUUGGCGGGCGUGUCGUCGGAGUGAGGAAGGACAAGAGACCUGUAUUACUCUCCAGCGUCUUUGGCUGGCAAAAUAUGCAUUGGUGCAGGCUCGCUGGGACUUGUUCUGAUAAAAGUGACCACCGUCUUGAUGCCUACAGGAAGAGGGUUGAGAGAUGAAGAAAGUGGAUGUACAAGAAACAAGCGUGGUGUUCAGGUCGAAGCUUGCCACGGUUAGCUGCGCCGUCAUGUCUUUGUCGGUGGUUUGUGGGACACCGGCAGGUGCAAAAAUGAAGAGACAAAAGGGGACGCGUUUCCAGGAUUGCUGAUAGGGGAAAGGAUUCCUUAAUGUCUUUUCUCUCUGGCGGAAGAUCCAGAGUGUAAAGACUGUCUUGUGAAUGUGCAGAAACCGAACCUUAUUAAGCGUCUUAGCAUGCGAGUGAUUCCUGCCUUGAUACGUAGAGCCACCAGAGCGGACAGACUGCACCUUUCGUACAAGAACGCGACGCAAAUGUACCCCCACGCAAUCACGUCGGUCCCUGUUCACUGCUGUCUAUCUCUAGCGUCAGGAAAAGACGGAGUCGUCGCUCCACUGCGCUUUCGUCCAUAUCUGACUGAUCGGACAGAGGGAAGUAUCAGCAAGCAUAGGUGACAGCUUGGACGUUUGAGGAAAAAAAGAAUCGAUCCUCCUGUAACACGAAUCUCACCCACGUUCUGCAUUGACUCACAUCCGGGUGCGCAUAUGCCUGCCAAUUUUUCAGAGACAUGUGGCACAUUGGAAAUAUGACUGCGUGCACUGAUGGACAGCCUAGGAGGGAGUCGUCCUGUC